GCCACAGACAAGUGGCAACUGAUUGUACCGUUUCCUCCUUCAGCUGCUGAGUAGAUGUUGAGUUUUGCACUGACGAGCCCAGUGUGCCCACCACGCAGAGCUGUUGAACAGGUGAACGGAGAACAGUGAAGAUCUACAGAGGGAGUCCGUCCUCCUCCACGGAGUCUGCCAUGUUGCACCACCAUGUUUCCACAGUGACCCAGAAUAGAGGCUCCAGAGUCUGUGAGCUGACGGCAGCCAGCCUCAGCUGCAGGCGAAGACUUUGAGGGUGUUUGCUUGCUUCCCAUCUCUUGACACGACACAACACAGCUCGGCCCUGCUGAAGCACAGAACCCCGGUCUUCUGCUCACUAGGGCUUGGCUGCCCAAAUCUUUCCUUUAGCUUUCUUAGCUAGCAGGCCUGACAUCGUUUACUGAGCUCACAUGACAGCGUUUCGUUUUUUUCAUUCAACAUCAGGCUUCAUGUCAGAGGCACUCCAACAUUACACAUAAAUAUACAUAAAUCUGACAGAAACAGACAUAAAUGUGUUUCCACAGAGGCUUCCUCAUGUGGACGAGGGUCGGGGUCGGGGUUAGGCAAGUGGUGGUUAUGGUUCGUGUAAGACUCCAGGAAAUGAAUGUAAGUUUAUGUAAUAUCCCCCAAAGUGUGUGUGUGUGCCUGUGUGUUGUGAUUGGAGGAGGGACUCCAUCAUCUCCCAGUUUACCAGUGAAGAAGGAAGAGGCAGCAGUAAGCUCUCAGAGCCUCAACAUGAACGUCCAUCACACUUUGAUGUGCUUCGUCCUCCUCUCUUUGCAGGAUGGAAACGUUGGUGUCGUUCAUGCCCAGAUCAUCGUCUAUUCAGGAACUGAAGGAGGAGAUGUCACAGUUAGAUGCUCCUUGUCUAAGUCUGGAAGCCGGAUGUUCUUCUGCAAGGAAAACUGCAUAGGAGAGGAUAUUCUCAUUAUAACAACUGGCGUCAAAGUCCAGAGAGGCAGAUACAGCAUAGAAUAUAAAAGAAGUUCUGGAGGAGGAGGAGGUGUUUCUAUGACCAUCACACAGCUGAGGAAGUCUGAUUCGGGACUGUACAGCUGUGGUCAUGGCUCAGCUCUUUCAGACAAGCAGAUUGAAAUCAUUGUUGUAGAUGCAACACUGCCUAAUGGAAACUCUUUUGAAGAAAAAACCCUCUAUGCGAGAACUGGAGGAAGUAUCGUGGUUGAAUGCUCCUUUUCAGUCUCUGCAAGCAGGACGUUCUUCUGCAAGGACAAAUGUGAACCAAAAGACAUUCUUGUUGAAACAACUGGUGACAAACGUCGGAAAGGCAGAUACAGCAUCGAAUACAUAAAAGCAUCUUUUACAUCGGGACUUCUGUAUGUGAGCAUCACACAGCUGAACAAGUUGGACUCAGGACGGUACCGGUGUGUCGCCAGAGGUUUGUCUCGAGUUGACUUCCAGGAGUUCAUGGUCGUUGUCACAGAUGAUCCGAACACUUCAAAAACAAGCUCGACCGAAUCCAUCCCAUCAGCAACAACGACGCAGAGUUUAAGCUCCGACCAGCAGCACACUGAGAUGAUGCCGACUACAAACGUCUGGCUGUGGGUGGGUCUGACUCUGGCCGCCAUGGUCGUCCUGUUAUCGCUGGCUGUGCUGAUAUACUGCAGGAAGAUCUCUGCUAAACCCGAAGAGCCGCCUGAGGAAGCAGAGCACGCUUCCGUCUCACAGACCAACCAAGUGUACGAGGACAUCAGAGAGGACAGACGGAUCAGAUCUGUGGCUGAAGACGACUCGACUAAACUCACCUACUCUGAGCUGAAUUUUUCCAACCGGACCGGCGGCGGGCACAACAGCGCCCUCUGUGGCAACGAUGAUGACGUUGUGUACUCUGUGCCUCGGCUCAAAGCGACGUGCCAAAGAUGACGAGCACUCUGCUGUUACUUCGCUCCAGCGCUGCUGCUUUGAGUAAUAAUACGACAAAAAUCUGUUUGAUUUGACUUUUUCAUGACACAGAAACAAGAUGUUGUAGUUCUGCCCUCAGUAACAUAAACAAGUGCUGACUCAACAGUUUGCCUCACGUUACUGUUUCUAUCUCGUUAUAGGUUGUAAGUUAUUAUGCACUUUAUUAAGGCUUCAUGACUUGCAGUGGUGUCACAGGACUGUCACUGCUCAUCAUUUGUCCCUUUAAAAAAUAUCCUCAAUCUACAGUAAUUGAUCAUUUUCUAUAAGAUCAUCACAUGUUUGUUGAGAACCUCGUAUCUCAGAAAAACAGCCUGUUUUCAGCUUUAUGACGAUUAAUUUUUCAGCUGAUCCGAGAGGCUUUUUAAACAGUUUAUUUAGCUAAAGAAGGGCGAGAAUUUUCUCAAGACUCAAAAUGAAGACAUCUGGAGAUACAUGGUUUUCAAAUGAAAAGAAGGUCACGAAAAUUGUAGUCUGAAAAGAAACUCGUAACAAAUGUAGUGGAGUAAAAAGAAGUAGAAAUACAGAAGUGUUGUGGAAACACUGAAGUUAAAACUGAACUUAAAUAAACUCCACCGCUUCGUGUGUGUGAGUGUGAUGAGCGAUGACUCUGUCGCUGAGGUCGGAGGGUCUGGGGGGGCAGCAGACCAGUGGUUCUGGAUGCCAGGUUGUCACGUAUGUUGUGUCAGUCUUGUUCUGUGUGGUAAGAGUCACUUGUAGUUCAUAAUGUGCUGAGAAACACUGACACGGUUGUAACUUUCAACAUAAAUUGUAAAUUGUUCUACUGAACUGUCCGAGUUUACCUAAAGGUCACAUUUCUCACAGAGACACCUGACGCAGGUAAUCGCUUCCAAAAUCAAUCUGGACCGUUUUAGACCUACACAGGGAGUCAGCGAGUGUCUUUUGUUGGACUCCUGGUUCAGUACAGAGUAGUUUUAUAUUUUAAAGCUAUCAAAAUAUUUCCAGUCUCAGCUUCCCCUGAAAGCAGCCGACCGAAACAUUUUUACAGAUUUUACUGGAGUCUGUGCAAACCUGAACGCUUCACAAGGAGACGCUGAAGAGCGAUGAAGAGGUGUUUGAUGGGACGAGCAGAUCAACACAAUCACAGAUGUUGAAAUGAGUUUUCAGAUGUGAAUUUUCAACCUGUUGAAUUAAGGUCAUUCGGUUUAGCUCCUGGUUUGUCUCACAACAUCUGACAUCUUCUGACAACAUCAACAAAAACUGACCCUUUACAGCUGGAUUGUAUUAGUUUACGGCUGUGCCUAAUAAAGUGGCCACUGAGGGUAUUUAUUUGGUUGCUGUUAGUUUGACAGUGCUGAAAGCUCUUAUGUACCCUGAGCCCAGGUUUGCUGACAGGUCCACUGCAUUUUGUGUUCUAAUGAACCAGGAAGUGAAGCGAGCACAGAGGACCUCCACGUACUGUUCUGCAACACACACACACACACACACACACACACACAGUUCUUCUUCUGUGGUAAACAGGGAAAUAAUUCUCGUUUGUGUACAGGAAGCCAGAUAUUGUUCAGUUUAACAGUCUGUUAAUGUGAUUCUUGAAGUUAAGAUUUAACACGUCUGUCAGCUCUGUGGCGACGACAGCUGAACCCGAAACAACAGAAAUGACAUGAACAGAUUUAUUUCAUGCUGCUGAACUGCUGCAUUUCUCAUCCACGCUGUCAGAAAACAAAAACACAGAGCCAACAGCAAAUUCAGGACUUUGAGUUUCGUCAGAAAGCUUCAGGCAGUUUAACCCGGUGGGUCUCACCAGGAGCCGGACCCCUCCAAAGGGUCACGAGACGAAAUCUGAUGAACACUUUUCAGGCUUUUCUCUAAUCUUUGUGAAAUAUUUGGAUAUUAUUUGUUAUUGAAAUGAGAUUGUGUGAGAAGUUUAGACGGGAAAUGUCUCCUUGUUGGAACUGCAAACAACUCAGAGACAUCGAGACAAGACGAGAGGUCCAAACGAGACGCGAAGACACGACUCAAAAAGAUGUGAAACCACCAGUUUAAUCUUUGACAGCGUGUUUCAUCAAAUGUGUUUUUAUGUCCCAGGUCAAACAGUAGCAAACUUCAGUGUAUUAGAAAUAUAAUAAGUAUAGAAAAGUCUGAACAAGCACACUUUGACUUUUUGUGCUUAAUUAAAAGGAUGUUUGACGGAUACUAUUCAAAAGAUUUCUUCUAAAUAAACGUCAUUAAGUUCUACUUAAAUGUAUUAAAAAUGAAUAUUCUGUAAUGCUUAAAGAGGAAUUUCA